UUCAACCUCCCAUACAAACACAUUAACACUGGAACGAUUAUCAUUUCAUUUGGUCUUCCUGCCGGGAACGAACGCUCAACAUGCCUUCCGCAUAUAACUUUGUGUUUUCUCUUUUCGUAGAGGCAGCCAUCGAAUGGAAGGGCUUGCGAAUCGAGUGGCUCCAAGUCACAUGCUUCAAGCCCAACAAAACAUUGCUGGUUCAACUCAUUACGGAACCAUAUCUUUACAACAGACACAACCUGAAAAGAUGCCACCUCCAUCUUAUGAAGAAUCCCAGUUAGCCGUACAAGCGGUCGAUAUGCAACAGAUCACAAACAUGGAGGCAGAAAAGCAAGCCAUUUAUCGACAUCCCUUGUUGCCUCUUCUUGCUAAGCUGUUCGAAAAGUGCGAGCAAUCUACACAGACAUGCGAUUGCUCUCCCGCUAACGCUUUUGACAACGAGAUCAAGAAUGGUAUUUUACAGAUGAACAGGGAAGGAAAACCCUUUUACACCGACGAUCGAGACCUUGACAACUUGAUGGUGAAAGCUAUUCAAGUCCUCAGAAUUCACCUCCUUGAACUUGAAAAAGUCAACGAACUAUGCAAAGAUUUUUGCCAGCGGUACAUAGCUUGUCUCAAAGGGAAAAUGCAGAGUGAAAACUUACUACGUAGCCCUCUUCAGACAGCUUACUCUCCUGCAGUAAAUGUAAUAAACUCAAAUGUACAACAACAGCAACCAACAACACCAAUCCAGGCACAACAGCCGACUUUCAUUCCACAGCAACAAAUUACUUACUAUGCUGCACCAGCUGUGACACCAUGUACUGUGGCAAAUGCAACUCCAAGUGCGAGUGUCAUUGCCUCUCCAAUACAACAGCAGGUUGCAACAGUGACAUACGUUCCCCAGGGAGUAGCACCUGGGCAGCAGAUUGUCAUAGCACAGGUACCCCAACAACCAGCUGUGGCAACUAGUGUGACUUAUACCAGCAGCACAGUACCGGCAACCAUGACAUACUCUACAGUGCCGGCAAGUGUGACAUAUGUGAGUACACCAGCGAUCGAGACUGUGACACCACCCAGACCACAGACACACUCCUCGGGAGAUGAAUCUCCAACUGAAAUCACUGUUCCGUCUAGUGUUCCGCUCCCUGCAUUGGAUUCUCCAACAGAAGUAACUGACAAGAAGCGAACAAGACGAGGGGUUUUACCAAAGCAGGCAACAAAUAUCAUGAAGACAUGGCUUUUUCAGCAUCUUGUGCACCCUUACCCAACCGAGGAUGAGAAGAGAACCAUCGCUGCACAGACAAACUUGACGAUACUCCAAGUCAACAAUUGGUUUAUCAAUGCAAGACGUCGUAUUUUACAACCCAUGUUGGAUGCCAGCAAUCCUGAAGGACCGAAAGCUAAAAAGUCAAAAAUCCAAAGUAGACCAGCGCAGAGAUUUUGGCCUGACAAUCUUGUUCCCAGUCAGUUCAACACCAUUCCAAUAGCACCAGCACCAGUGACUGUCCAGGCGGCCAUGAUGCAGGGAGCCGUCCAAAUGCAGGCAGUACCUCAUGGUGCGACAGUCACUGUGCCGCCAGGAGUGGCAUUACCAACUACUAUAACAAUACCUAAUGUGCAAGGGACCACAGUUAUCCCGGGAACUGUCACUUUGCAACAACAACCAGGCACACCAACCACAAUGGUGGUUGUAACAUUACCUCCAUCAGCAAGCCAUAUCAGUACCGUGUCAGCAUCAGAGAGUUCGUCAGCUGUAACAACACAUCCCUCAAUGAUUGCAUCAAGUGUUUCGUCGCAAGUUGAAACUGUUUCCGUCAGCAAUUUAUCUCCCAUGUACAGUAACAUUCAGCAGGGAAGCCCAUCAAUGCAGAAUUCGCCGUUACCAACCAUGGUUCAAAAUGGUUCUAUGGGGAGUGGAGAGAGUACCCUUGUAAGUUCUCCGCAUCACUUGCCGCCCUCAAGUGUUAGUAUUGCUGGUGUUCAAGACAGUCUGGUGGGAGUAAACACAAUACCAUUAGAGUCAACAGCAGUUUCCAGAGGUUUAGUGAACUGACCUCCAGAAUAUGUUGUCUUCGCAUCUUUGUGGUUUUUUAAAUCAAAUCUUGUACCUUCUACUCUCAAGUUCUUGUUACUGUAACUAGCUAGAGAAGUAUGCCUCUGGUCAUUUCAUAGAGAGAGACAGAGAUUCAAACUGAAACAUUCCCAGUAUUUCAGUUCUCUCUUCUGGCUUUGAUUUAAUAGUUUUUCCAGUUUAUGAACAACCACUGCCAAUGCAUGGAUUUUCAGUUGAAUCUCAGAUGGCUCU